GGCAGGGGUCCGGGGGCGGGGCAGUGACGGGGCAGUGAUGGGCUUGUGGUGGGUCAGUGCUGGGGUCUGUGAUGAGACCAGUGAUGGGUCAGUGGUGGGGUCAGUGGUGGGAUCAAUGAUGGGCCAGUGGUGGGACAAUAAUGGGGUCAGUAAUGGGUCAGUAGUGGGUCAGUGCUGGGUGAUGGGGUCAGUGAUGAGUCAGAGAUGAGGUCAGUGCUGGGGUCAGCGAUGGAUCAGUGGUGGGUCAGUGAUGGUCAGCGAUGGUGGUCAGUGGUGGGGUGGUACCGUGUGUUCAGGAGGUGCAGCCAUGAGGUGGGGGCAGCGAUCAGCUGGGUGAAGCCGUUUCUAUUUGUGCGCCAUGUGUGGGUGCCGGGUGGUUUGGAGCAAUGGGGGGUGCAGGCAGGAUGGGUGUCCUGUGUCAGGGUCCAGGGUGGGGAAGUGGGGGUGCCGCGGGGCCCUGGACAGACGUGUCAUUCACACCAGGGAAGCAGAACCAGGCUCUGUGGUUGGUCAUGAGCUUGGGCUGCUUCCUGCCGUGCUGCUGCGCAGGCACCGAGGGCGCAGGAGCCGGCAGAGCGGGCAGGGUGAGUGUGAGCAGGGUGAGUGUGGGCAGGGUGAGUGUGGGCAGGGUGAGUGUGGGCAGGUUAAGUGUGGGCAGGGUGAGUGUGAGCAGGGGGAGAGUGAACAGGGUGAGAGUGAGCAGGGGGAGAGCGAGCAGGGUAAGCACAGGGAAGUGAGAAGAAUGGGCUCAGUGUCAGAGGAGCUCAGCUUGGUCCCCCUGCACCAGAGGCCGGAGCUGCUGGAAGCCUGUGCCGAGCUGCUGCGUGAGGAGUGGGGGAAGAGCCGGGCGUCACGGCUCCACACGCUCCAGCGCUCCUCGGAUGCCUUUCCUGUCUGCCUGCUGCUGCUGCGGAGCCGGGGCCCCACCGAGAUCCCUGGCCCCCGGGAGGGUCCCUGCCAGCUGGUGGGCCAUGUCCGACUCUCCCGCGUGGUCGGCCGUCCCCGUGACCUCUACGUGGAGAGCGUGGUGGUGGCCCGGGCGCUGCGGGGCCAGGGCUACGGGCGGCGGCUGAUGGAGGCCACUGAGCGGUGGGCCCGGGCCCAGGGGUUUGGCUGCCUGCACCUCACCACCCACGACAAGCAGCAUUUCUAUGCCCACCUGGGCUACGUCCUGGGUGAGCCGGUGCAGAGCGUGGCCUUCCUCAGCCCUGCCAUAUCCUCUGAGGUGCUGCGGCUCUUCUCCGCCCCUCCUGGUGCUGCCAUCACCAUCAGGCCAAGGGUACCUUCUGCCCCCCCGCCUCCCCUCCCACCCCUCACUGUCCCACCACCACCCCCUCCACCGACUGUGAUCUGGGCGAGGGGUGUCCUGGCUGAGAACAGCAAGCAGAGCCUCCUGAAAACCCCCCACCGUGACGCCAAAGGGCUCCCCAUCUUCUGGAUGAAGAAGGACAUCUGAGGGGCUGGGGCCCCAAGACGGUGAUUAAAAGCAGUGCAGGCAGGAGCUGCCUGCUGUGGCGCUGCC